AUGGCGGAGAAGAGGGCUCAAAUAUGUGACGAUCUAGAAACCGAGCUCCAGGAGACAGUCGAUGCUAAUGACACUCUCAAGGCCGAGCUCGAGUCGCAUAUUCAAAUGCAAAGUGUCCUCGAAGAGGCUUGGGAUGUUCUGGUGGCAAAGCUAGCCCAGGUCGAGGCCGAUUUGGAAGAAACUCUAAGGAGCGUGAAGGCCACCGAGGCUCAUACUACCAUUGCUGCUGAGUAUGAAAAGUGGAAAUCUCGGAGGAUCACCCUUAAGCAUGCCGGGACUUACAACGCUUACCUAAGGGCUCGGUGGAUCCAACGCCGGAGUCAGCAGCGGACAAGAAGACCCGAGAAGGCAAUUGCUGUCGAAUCCGGUCAAACAACUGAGCCGGUCCCCGAGACCGAAGUCCCCACAGUUGUUGGUCCGCUGCCCGACUAUGAGACUGUCGCACCUUCGGAGAUCCCUGCCUUUGCCGAAGCUGCUGAAGCCCCUCAAAGUUCUCCAACUCCGGCCUCAAGACCGGAUGCAUUUGAUGAAAUGUUCGCGGACACUCCUCCUGCUACCGGCGAAGCCGCUAGUUUCGGACAUCUUCCGAUCCCUCGAGCCACGAGGGCGGGCCAACUGGACGCUCAAAGCCGUGAAACAGAGAAAUAUGUGCACCUUCUGCGGGUGAAGGAAGAUGAGUUGAGCCAAGCAGUUACUCCUUCCAACCUCCGACCUGAGCUCGAUGCCACAAAGGCCGAAAAUCGUCAAUUAAAGGGUGAGCUGGCCAAGAUGGUUGAAUAUAACCGGCGUCUCGAAGCGGACAAGAUCGGUCUUAGCCGAGACAACACUCAUUUAUCCUCAAGGGUUGGUGAGCUUGAAACCACCGUCACUCAACUCCGGGAGGAGCUGGACUUUGUCAAGUCCGACACUACGAGCAUGGCCAAGAGGCAUCGGCUACUCGAAUCUGAGAAUGCCUGGUACAAAGAGCGUAUGAGAGUGCUCGAGGAGAAGGCGGGAAAGAGGGCUCAAAUAUGUGACGAUCUAGAAACCGAGCUCCAGGAGACAGUCGAUGCUAAUGACACUCUCAAGGCCGAGCUCGAGUCGCAUAUUCAAAUGCAAAGUGUCCUCGAAGAGGCUCGGGAUGUUCUGGCUUACCUAAGGGCUCGGUGGAUCCAACGCCGGAGUCAGCAGCGGACAAGAAGACCCGAGAAGGCAAUUGCUGUCGAAUCCGGUCAAAGAACUGAGCCGGUCCCCGAGACCGAAGUCCCCACAGUUGUUGGUCCGCUGCCCGACUAUGAGACUGCCGCACCUUCGGAGAUCCCUGCCUUUGCCGAAGCUGCUGAAGCCCCUCAAAGUUCUCCAAUUCCGGCCUCAAGACCGGAUGCAUUUGAUGAAAUGUUCGCGGACACUCCUCCUGCUACCGGCGAAGCCGGUAGUUUCAGACAUCUUCCGAUCCCUCGAGCCACGAGGGCAGCUAGUCGGACCACCGAGUCCGGUGCCAGGGAUAGCAUGGAUGAGUUGAGCCAAGCAGUUACUCCUUCCAACCUCCGACCUGAGCUCGAUGCCACAAAGGCCGAAAAUCGUCAAUUAAAGGGUGAGCUGGCCAAGAUGGUUGAAUAUAACCGGCGUCUCCAAGCGGACAAGAUCGGUCUUAGCCGAGACAACACUCAUUUAUCCUCAAGGGUUGGUGAGCUUGAAACCACCGUCACUCAACUCCGGGAGGAGCUGGACUCUGUCAAGUCCAACACUACGAGCAUGGCUAAGAGGCAUCGGCUACUCGAAUCUGAGAAUGCCUGUUACAAAGAGCGUAUGAGAGUGCUCGAGGAGAAGGCGGGAAUGAGGGCCCAAAUAUGUGACGAUCUAGAAACCAAGCUCCAGGAGACAGUCGAUGCUAAUGACACUCUCAAGGCCGAGCUCGAGUCGCAUAUUCAAAUGCAAAGUGUCCUCGAAGAGGCUCGGGAUGUUCUGCGGACAAGAAGACCCGAGAAGGCAAUUGCUGCCGAAUCUGGUCAAAGAACUGAGUCGGUCCUCGAGACCGAAGUCCCCACAGAUGUUGGUCCGCUGCCCGACUAUGAGACUGCCGCACCUUCGGAGAUCCCUGCCUUUGCCGAAGCAGCUGAAGCCCCUCAAAGUUCUCCAACUCCGGCCUCAAGACCGGAUGCAUUUGAUGAAAUGUUCGCGGACACUCCUCCUGCUACCGGCGAAGCCGCUAAGCGUAUGAGGGUGCUCGAGGAGAUGGCGGAGAAGAGGGCACAAAUAUGUGACGAUCUAGAAUCCGAGCUCCAGGAGACAGUCGAUGCUAAUGACACUCUCAAGGCCGAGCUCGAGUCGCAUAUUCAAAUGCAAAGUGUCCUCGAAGAGGCUCGGGAUGUUCUGGUGGCAAAGCUAGCCCAGGUCGAGGUCGAUUUGGAAGAAGCUCUAAGGAGCGUGGAGGCCACCGAGGCUCAUACUACCAUUGCUGCUGAGUGUCGAUUCUUCCGAAUAAACCCCCUGCAGCUGACAAGAAGACCCGAGAAGGCAAUUGCUGUCGAAUCCGGUCAAAGAACUGAGCCGGUCCCUGAGAUCGAAGUCCCCACAGAUGUUGGUCCGCUGCCCGACUAUGAGACUGCCGCACCUUCGGAGAUCCCUGCCUUUGCCGAAGCUGCUGAAGCCCCUCAAAGUUCUCCAACUCCGGCCUCAAGACCGGAUGCAUUUGAUGAAAUGUUCGCGGACACUCCUCCUGUUACCGACGAAGCCGCUAGUUUCAGACAUCUUCCGAUCCCUCGAGCCACGAGGGCGGCUAGUCGGACCACCAAGUCCGGUGCCAGGGAUGGCUUGUGGACAAGAAGACCCGAGAAGGCAAUUGCUGUCGAAUCCGGUCAAAGAACUGAGCCGGUCCCCGAGACCGAAGUCCCCACAGAUGUUGGUCCGCUGCCCGACUAUGAGACUGUCGCACCUUCGGAGAUCCCUGCCUUUGCCGAAGCUGCUGAAGCCCCUCAAAGUUCUCCAACUCCGGCCUCAAGACCGGAUGCAUUUGAUGAAAUGUUCGCGGACACUCCUCCUGCUACCGGCGAAGCCGCUAGAGGAGCUGGACUUUGUCAAGUCCGACACUACGAGCAUGGCCAAGAGGCAUCGGCUGCUCGAAUCUGA